UGCACAUUCAUUAUGCAAUCUAUUACCAAGAGACAUGUCAUAUUCUCAGACAUUUUCCAUUCCCAAUUCACAUGCCAGUAAUUAAAGAAGUCCCUCCAGCGAGAAAAGAAAAGAGAAAAGAGAAAAGCGAGAAAAGCCCCUCUCAGCUGGCCAGACACCACGAUGGCCGCCAGCAUCAGCCUCCGCUCGGCGCCGCUCCUCAAAACCUUCCACAAACCGUCGCUUCCCCACCAAUUGAGAUUCUUCAAGAGCUGCCCCACGAGCUUUUCGAUAUGCUGCAAGACGUCGCCCAAGAUGGGGAGGAUAAAGGUGUCCUCCGGGCGGUGGGAUGGAGGUCAGCUUUUAAGGAUAGCAGCAACUGCUUCAUUCCACACUUCGUCAAGCCUGAGAAAGCGUGAUUACUAUGAAGUCCUGGGUGUAACACGUAAUGCAUCUUCAAAGGAUAUCAAGAAAGCCUAUUAUCAACUUGCUAAGAAAUAUCAUCCGGAUGUGAAUAAGAACGAUCCCUCAUCCCAAAAAAAGUUCACAGAGGUGUCAGAGGCAUAUGAGGUUUUAGGGGAUGAUGAGAAGCGUCGGCAGUAUGACACGAUGGGCCACACAGCGGAGGAGAUGGGCAGGGCUGGAGGCGCCAGUGCGGGCAACCCAUUCCAGUCCGGGUGGCAAUAUCAGACUACAAUCGAUCCAGAAGAACUCUUUAGAAGAAUCUUUGGCGAUUUCGGAAGAGGAGGCAUGGACAUGGGAGACCAUGAUUUUGCAGAAUCAGCCUUUGGGUUUGGUGCAGCGCAAGAGAUAGCCAUCAAUUUAACCUUUUCACAAGCUGCUCGAGGAAUCAACAAAGACGUGACCUUGAACACAGUUGAUAUAUGUCCAAAGUGCACAGGGUCCCGAUGUGAACCUGGCACCAAGGCGAGUCGCUGUCAGUACUGCAAUGGCACAGGCAUGGAAACAAUGAGUACAGGACCCUUUGUGAUGCGUCAGACUUGUCGAUAUUGCCAUGGGACUCGCAUGCACAUAAAGUUCCCCUGUACAGAAUGUGAAGGAAAAGGCCAGACCGUACAAAGGAAGACAGUCACCGUUCCUGUCCCUGCAGGUGUUGAGGAUGGACAGACACUGAGGAUGACCGUCGGCAGGAAGGAAGUUUUUAUCCGCCUCAAGGUUUCCAAGAGUGAUUAUUUCCGACGAGAUGGUGCAGAUGUCCACACAGAUGUAACUGUUUCCCUGGCUCAAGCAGCACUAGGGGGAGCCACCAGAGUCCAGGGCAUCUAUGAGGAUAUCACACUACAGAUUCCAAAGGGCACACAGUCCCACUCCAGAAUAUGUUUGAAUGGCAAAGGCAUUAAGCGUAUCAACACCUAUGGCUAUGGCGACCACUAUGUCCACGUCAAGAUAAGGAUACCCACAAAACUCUCAGCAGAACAAGAAGCCUUGUUGACAGCUUUGGCAGAGCUUGAAACGGACACACCAGGGACCAUCAAUGGCAUUACCUACACCAAAGACGGUAAACAAGUUGCUGUCGAGGAAAAUGAUACUCUGAGGCAGAUCCGUGCUAUACUAAGGGGCAAUAUAGAAGAAAUUGUUGCUCGGAAAGUUGCAGAUGAUGUGGAGGAUGCAGCAGAGGACACAAAGAGACCAACAGAGGAUGAUAGUAAACUAGGAGACAGAGUCGAAGCCAAGAAAUAAAGGACAUGAGAUGUGAGGCACUGUAUAUUUUCUUUUGUUGGCAGUUUCAGAAAGGGGAAGACAAAGUGGAAAACUUGAUUGUCAAUAUUCUGUUGUCUACUGUAUUCAGAUCUAUAUUCUGUCUUGUUUAAAAAUACUCUCUCUCUCUCUCUCUCUCUCUCUCUCUCUCUCUCUCUCUCUCUCUCUCUCUCUCUCUCUCUCUCUCAGGAAUGGCUUCCUGUUUUUAUUAUGCAUUAUGAGAUUUGUAAGAUAAACCAUAUCUUUUGAUGUUCUUCUUAGAAAGUGGUACUGUUUUCCUAAUUACUGAUGUAUCACUAUAAAUAUAUUUCUUAUUUUGUUUUUUGUAUGUUUCACAUUUUUGCAGUGUGAUUCUCAAACCAGUCCAAGUUAACUUGCAUAAUUAUUCUGCAUGAAUUGAAUUGUUUCCUUAAACUUUACAAGAAUGUAGUGUUUAGCUGUGCUCAUGUUCAGAUUGAGAAUUACAGUAUAUACAUUAAACUGCAAAAUUGUUGUGAUGCAGUCAUGUUGCAGAUUUUGCUUUGCUGUCAAGUUUUUCAAUAUUCUCCCUGACAAGCCCUCCAAAGUGCCAUGAUAAUUUAAUUUUGCUGUCAACAAAUUGAAUUAUGUUUAUGUAACUUGUAGAGGACCAUUGCAUCAGAUACAAACUCCUGAAGCAAACUUUUGAUCUCAUGGCUCUUGAUUAAAAUUGCUCAUAGCUAACACCUGAGUCAGAAUUCAUGUACUUUUGGCUUUGUAGUAUAGUAACAGUAUCAGAAUUCAAGUCACGGCCAUUAGGUGUGUGUCAUAGUUCUUGGCAUUAUUUUGAUUCUGGCAAUUUUAUGUAAAGAAUUAUUAAUGUGCUGGUUAGUAGAGACUGAAUUUAUGAGAAUUGGGUGCAAUUAAGCGUACUUUCAUUAUUAUCUUUGGUGUUGAAGAUAUAUCAUACAGGCUGUGAUGGAAGAGUAGAGAGUUGAGAAGAAAUUGUAGAUUUACCUAUUUUUCAAGACGUUGAAAAGAAAAGGUGAUAGUUCUUUAAAAUAUCCUGGAAUAAAUGUCAGCAAGGUAUUAGGUUAUACCAUUGUGAUAUAGAGCAGCACAAGAUUUCAUUUUUCCUUGAUAAUGGUAAGGUGCCAUUUUCUUCUGUUGCCAUCUGGAAAAAAAAUUGUAACUAUAAGAAAGAUUUACAGUGAUACAAAGACUUGGCCACACACUCUGUCUCGUAUUUUUAUAUGGUUGAAGAAGCGUUCCUGUUCAACAUUGGGAAAAAAAAUUAUUAAAGAGAAAGUUAAAAAGAAAAAGAAAAAGAUACUGUUAUUGUUUCAUGUUGUUAUAAUGUAUGGUUGAAAAUACAUGUACAGGCCUAUAGAUUCCAUAUUGUAUAUAGUGGAACAGUAUUGAAAUACACAAUACAGUUUUA